UCGCUGUACUUUUACCAUUUAUUUAAUUGUGUCGAUUCUCUUUAAAAUUUAACAUUUUUGCCAGUGUUGUGAAUGACUUUCCUGGAAGUAGUUUGCCGCUUCAUUGCUAUUGGCAGACAGUGGGGUUUAUGGUGGGCGAUAGAGGGGUCUGAAGUUCGUCUUUGCCUACUUAAAUAAACCUGCAGGAUAUUCAAGUACAAUGGGCUUUUAGCAUUUCUAUUCGGCUCGAAGCAUUUCUAUUUAGAAUGUUCUCCUAUCAGUUACCAUAGUUUACGUAUACGUGUAUCUAAGUUACGCGAUUGAAUUACUUGUCUCAGCGUCAUGCAUUGCUAUCGACUAUCAUACUCCUGGUCUGGGUACAAUAAUUUUUCGCCGUUUAUAAAAUUCAGUACUUAAUACUUUCUUGCGAGUAUUUGCCAAGACAUGAAGUAUGUGUAAAAAAAUAAAUUUACCUCGCUUGAAAAAAAACACGAUCCUCUAUUUUUUAUUCUGUGGGAAAAAUGUACAUCAAUCAGCAUGUUAUUUAUUUGUAUUUCAAACAGACCGAGCGCAAGCUCGUGUAUAUCUAAAACUGAAAAUGACUGACGACAGUGAACUUGUCCGAGGGAAGGAAAUCAUUAACAUCAGCAACGUAAGGGAGUCGGGUCCUUUGUACUACGAAUGAUACACUAGGUGUAUCUUAUUGACGAUUUAUACAUAUAUAUGACGUCAUCGUAUGCCGGAAGUACUCGAGUAAGGACGAAACGUUACGCGGAGGGAGGAAAAGACGUUACUAAUAUAAACUCUCGUAGCCGAAGAAAGUUUUGGGUUCUGGAAGCCCGAGAAGCGCCAGCAUCAGCAACAUCAGAAGCGAAUGGGAUAGGCAAGUGAACGCAGACGCAGACGCAGGAUCCUCCCUCCAGGUCGACCUGGGAGCCUCCUAGUGCGGACGUAGCAGUUACGUCCGGUCAACGAAUUGGAUUUUCGAUUUGCUCGUGGGAAGACCCUUCGCUCGGCUCUUUCGUAUUUGGUGCCAAGCACAUUCAAUAGGGAAGAUAACAUUGAAAAAAAAGGAAGAAAGCAGUUCGCGCGACAAGUGCGCUUAUCUUGUAUUCCAUAUCAAUCUGAUUUACUUUACUUCGUUACAGCUGCUUGGCUGUGCAUGUGUUAUUGCGUGAGUUCAUUGAGAGGAAAGGGAAGACCCAUUAAUGGGUGUGAAUUCGCCGCGAAAUUGGUAUUGACGAUUGUGAAAGUGACAGUCACAACUGGGUCUUUGAGUGGAAAUUGGAUUUUGGUUUUGUUUGUUUUACGGACGACCGCGAUAUUCGUUAAUUAUUUAAAUGUCUGACUUGUGAUUACAAAAGAUAAGAUCCAGUGGUCGAGUGAUGUGCAGUACAACAAGGACGAUGCGUUUUUAACGAAGUGUUUGUAUAGUUUGAGAUACAGUUAUUGGUGAUAUUUUUUAUUGUUAUACGAUGAUCUUGGAUUAUAUAGAUAUCGUUGUUCCCUCGUAAUAUAGGUUGGAACUAACCACAGGUUAGAAACUGUUGUAAAGAAACGCUAUACGUUUUAGAUUACGGAAUUGUUUCUAAAUAUUCUAUUGUUACCUGUUACUAGUUGUCAUUGUGUUUUUAGAAUCUAUCGGGAGUGAGAAUUAUUUCUGCGAGUCUCGCAGAUUGGUAUAAACAAAAUAUAGGAACGCGAUAGAAUAUAAUCGUCAAGUUUAAAUACUAUUUGGACUGUUGAACGUGCUGAACAUUCAAGUCGUCCAGGAUGUUCAAGUGCUGUGUGUGUAACAAGAAAUCGAAAAAGGAAAAGACAAAAGGCGUCCCGACGCUCGACGACUCGAGGGACGUACAAAGUGUUAAUGUUGAAAAUGUGGGCAAAAAUCGAGCUGACGGAAAUGGCGCGGCGGAAAAGUUGAAUGGCGAUUUACAAAAAUCCGAAGAGAAAUCGGUGUCAGUCGAUAAUGACGGAACUAAGGCAGUCGAUGCAGAUGAGAAAAUCGAAGAACGCAUUUUCAUACCAACAAUUGAUUCUACCGCGUCGGACACGAAACUUACGAAUCAAGAUGGCCUGACGCAUAUUAAUGUUGAACGCGCGAGUCCUACUAAAUCAUUUUUGUAUGGCGCGUCCGCAUACAUUGAAAGGACGAUGGACGACGGACCUGACGAGGAGGGCGAUGAUUCUGUUUUUGAAGCUGGUCCGCCGUACAUCGAGAUUGAUAAUGACAAAAAAAAUUCACCAGUGGCGCCAAUUCCGCGGUGGCUGUCGCAAGAGGACGAUCCCGAGGACGUCGAGAACGUAAACGAGGGUGGAUGCGGCGGGAUGCAGGAACCACCGGCGACUCCAGUCGCGCGCGAUGAACUCGCCUUAAGGCGGCACCGAUUUUUCUCCGAUUUACUUGAGGCAACACGCAAUACGCAGGAGCACAGAGUGAGAUUCGACCCUUUGGGACCUACAGUGCACACCGGUUGCGAACCAGACGACAAAGAGGAGCAGUUUGAGGAGUUGGUUACUCGAUUGGAGAACGUGACAAGGCGUCUUGAGAAGGUACCGACGAAGGUCGCUGAAACGCAGGAGACCGCUGUCCAGACGAAGACGCCGUCGCCCAAGAAGCCGUCUUCUAAUUUUAUUGGAGGAAAUUCAACGUCACUGAGUGAUCCAGUGCCGGCGACACCACCGGCGACGCCUACGUCGACGUCGACCCCACCGGUGACACCAUCUUGCAAUCUUACACAGCAAACAAUCAGCGACAGCAUGUCCGUCGCCGGAUAUGAGGACAUCAUUGCUGGGCCGGUUCAGCAGUACCUGCAGCUUAGUCAAAAAAUCGGUGGCGAUGUUGCCACGCACGGAAAACUCGUGGACCAAGCAUUUCAAAUUCAACUGCAGUUCGUGAAAACAGCUGCGAGUCGACCGGCGCCCACGAAUCAGACUGAACAAGUGUCACUCUUGGGCCCCACUUCGAAGCAAAUUCAAGCUAUCCAGGAAUAUCGUGAGAAGAAUCGUGGUUCGCCAUUCUUCAAUCAUCUGUCGGCUAUUAGCGAGAGUAUUGCGGCUUUAGGAUGGGUUGCGGUAUCACCCACACCAGCCCCUUACGUCAAGGAGAUGAACGACGCUGGCCAGUUUUACACUAACCGUGUCUUGAAGGACUGGAAAGAGAAAGACAAAACGCACGUGGAGUGGUGCAAGGCCUGGGUUCAAACGUUGACGGAUCUUCAGCAAUACGUACGUAAGCAUCAUACUACAGGUUUAGUUUGGGCGAAGUCUGCUGGUCCGCGUGGCAUUCCACCACCACCUGCUGCAGGACCACCUCCACCACCACCUUCGAUGCCUAUUGGCGAUGUAGCAUCAAAUGCCGCCGAUGAUAGAAGUGCCCUCUUCGCUCAAAUUAAUCAAGGCGAAGGUAUCACUAGAAGCUUGAAGAAAGUUACUUCUGAUAUGCAAACGCAUAAAAAUCCUUCAUUGAGAACUGGACCUGCACCUUUUAAGGCACCAUUUGGUAAUAAUGCUGAUACCAAUUCACCAGUGAAAACAGUACUUCCGGCUAAUGCCCCGAUCGACAAGCCACCAGUAUUCACUCGCGAUGGAAAGAAGUGGCUUGUGGAAUAUCAAAAGGGUAACAAGGAUUUGCUUAUUGACAGUGCUGAGAUGAACAACGUCGUGUACAUGUAUCGCUGUCAGGACAGUACGCUGAUUAUUAAAGGAAAAGUUAACUCAAUCGUAAUGGACUCCUGUCGUAAAUCAUCGAUCGUCUUUGACUCGUUGGUCUCGGGAAUCGAGUUUGUCAACUGUCAGAGCGUGCAGAUGCAGGUCCUCGGAAAAGUACCAACAAUCUCCAUUGACAAAAGCGACGGCUGCCAGAUGUAUCUGAGUCCGGAAUCAUUGGACGUGGAAUUGAUCACCAGCAAAUCAAGUGAAAUGAACGUGAUGGUCCCCAAGGGAAACGGCGAUUACGCCGAGUAUCCACUUCCGGAACAAUUCAAGACGCUCGUGAGUCCCAAGGGUUUGAUCACAACCGCCGUCGAUUCCUUGGGCUAAGACAGAAAAAGAGAAAUGCACCGAAUUAUAGCCUAAAAAAGAAAACAACAAAAAAAUAGAUAACGAACCGUAAUAUACGACUUACUAGCGAUAUUACUUGCGUAAUGGAAAUCAACAAUUUAUUAUUAUUUAUUAUCAUCUUUUCUAUAAUAUCGCGCAAAACGAAAAAUUAUAAAUGUAGCGGGAAUUUUAAGCUCGUGCUCCGUAACGAAAAAAAGAGAUUUUUUAAUCGUCCAUAGUUUUUCGAAAAUGCGCAAUCCUCUCCAUAUGUUUAUUAUACUACGAGUUGCAAGGAUCCUUGCGCGGGUGGAUCGCGGACUCGUUCAUUCAUUAUAAAUUUGCUGCAUAGAUUUUUCUUUUUCUUUUAUUAACGGAUUACCGAAAAUUAACAUAUUCACUCGACCUCAUUGUCGGGUUUCUGUGUGUUCUUUAGUAUGCGACUAUGAUUGAAACGUUUGGACAAGGGUUUCACGUGCGCGCGCAUGCUGACCUACCCACUUUUAUACGUUUACACGAUUUUAUACCGUGAACGAAACUUUUGUCCAAGCGCCACUAACGGAUUCUAUGUAUACUAUAAGCCGUGGAAUUGCUUUUUCCUUUUGCCACUUUCAGUUUGUCAUGUUUUCUGUUCUCUUCGCUCUGACAGAUUCGCAGAUUGCGCUAGUAGCUGCCAGGAAGUAGGAAGGGAGAUUGUAUGUUGAAAGCAGGUCCCAGUGUGUCUCCAUUUUCUUCGAGUCACACGGUCGUCCUGGAUUUUCAUACACGCAGGAAAAUUGAAAAUAUUCCUGAAAGAGUUUUGUAUUAAUUUUCGGAUUCUACGAGCGUAGCAUUUAAUCCAUAAUUAUUUAUAUUUAACUCUCUGGUAGGUGUGGUGAACAUGCAAAUUCAGGCGGUUGACGUUCUGUAAAAACCGGAUAUGUCGACUGGAAGAUUUAUAACAAAUAUUAUGUGAAUGACACUUAUUGAUUUUCUCUCACUUUCAUAAAACGUCAUUUUUGAGGAUUCACUGCACUAAAAAAGUAUUAUUACAUUUUCGGGCUUCCUAAUCAUACUUCAUUCAUGAUCUAAUAGUCGAUUCUACCUUCAAUCGAUACCGGAACUUCAAUUCGCAUUGAAGCUUCAUUGUUUAAUUUUUAUCACAAAUACUUCAGACAUCCUCAAGAAAGUCUCACCAUUGAUCACUGAUCACAAACUAAUCUAAUGAGAGUGAAUGAAUAUAUGACGCCUGAACUCGCAAUUCCAAAGGUGUGCCGUCUAAUCGUGACAUUAAUUAUGUGAUUCGUUUGAUUCUUCAGUAUAUGCUAACCAUUAGUUGUAAGCUAGCAAAGUUACCUAAAACAAAAUUUUGAAAGAGUAAGAAAAAGCAAAGAUUGUAAAUUGACGCAGACGUCACUGAAAUUUGGCAGAACGAAAUAAUAUUUAAAAAUAACAUACGGAGGACCGAUCUGAUUAUUGACAAGCUCGAGAAUACUGUUUGGUAGAAAUGUCAUUUUUUAGAAUGUUUUUCUUUUUCAAAAUGAAUAUACACGUAUUAUCCAUAAUUUGUUUCUCUAUUAAUUCCAUCGACGCGCUCUCGAUUACGCGUACUCUUUGCUCAGGGGUCAAUGGCCUCCAGAGGAUAGUCUCUAAAUAGCCAUUAUAUUAAAAUCGAUACACAUGUGACAAUGAAAAGUCUACAUGAAAAUUAUUUUCAGUGAUGAUGUGUCUACGUAACUCAGUCUCUUAAUAAAAAAAAGUUGUAUACCUUAA